UGGCGGGCGCAUGCGCAGACCGACAUUGAGACAGCGGUGGCUAGCUAGCUCAGUUCACAUCUCCGCUUUCGCUGACUACUAUAAACAGUUAUUGUCUAACAGCUUGUCGUUUGUACCGAGCGGGAUUAUCGUGACCGAGGCGUGAAAGAAUAUGCCCAAAAAUAAAGGUAAAGGAGGAAAGAAUCGGCGACGUGGAAAGAACGAGAAUGAGUCUGAGAAGAGAGAGCUGGUGUUCAAAGAGGAUGGACAGGAAUAUGCUCAGGUGAUUAAAAUGUUGGGGAACGGACGUCUGGAGGCCAUGUGCUUUGACGGCACCAAGCGGCUCUGCCACAUCAGAGGAAAACUCCGGAAAAAGGUUUGGAUUAACACGUCAGACAUCAUCCUGGUCGGACUGAGAGAUUACCAGGAUAACAAAGCUGACGUCAUCCUCAAGUACAACGCAGACGAGGCUCGCAGUUUGAAAGCGUACGGAGAGCUGCCAGAGCACGCCAAAAUCAACGAGACAGACACCUUCGGGCCCGGAGACGACGAUGAGAUCCAGUUCGAUGACAUUGGCGAUGAUGAUGAGGACAUUGAUGACAUCUAAAGCCCUGCUUGUAGAGGGGGAAGGUGGGAUUUUACUAGAGAUGCUCCGAUUGGGAUAUUUUGAGCCGAUACACCACACCGAUAAUAAUUAUUUUUAUUAAGAUCAGCCUAUGCCAAUCCAAUACAGUUUAUUAAUAUACAGUAUGUUUCAAUUUAUUCCAGUUUGUUUACCAUCAGUAGACAUCUUUGUUGUUUGAGGUAAAAAAAAAAAAAGAGAGAUCAGUACUUUGAGUUUAUUGUCAGGAUGAAUGAAAAUGAGAUGCUGCUUCAGUACGACUGUCUGAGUUAUCACUCGUAGCAACUGGAGGGCGGGCGAUGCAGCGGGCUGCCUGGCGACUGACGAUGACACAGACCGUUUCCUCUUUCUGCCUUCACGCAGUUGGAUUGGAGAAUCAGAGUAGGCUGAUCACCAGCAUCAUAUUUGGGGUGAAUAUCUGGAGCAUUGCUAGAUUUUUACCUUUUUGCUUCUAACAUCAACAAAAUGGCGAAUGUGCCAUUUUUCCUUCACUGAGUUAUUCUUUCUUCUUCUUCUUUAUUUUCCUAUAUAGUCCAAACACUCACUGUUUUGUAGAGGCUGAUGCCGAUACUAUGACUGCAAAAUAUCCCACACCAAAUGCGUCAUCUUUUAAAAAUGUAUUUAUAUUGAUUUCACACUAUGUGGAAUUUAGCAACAAGUACAGAAUCUCUGGAUUCGCCAAUAAAAAGAUAAACCAUUUGUGUUUUUUUUUUUUAAGUUUUUUUUCUUUUUGGCAGUCGUAUCAUUGUAGCUGUAGCCUGUAAGAUAGUUUAUAAAGUUGAAGACAGUUUGAAAGCUGUUUCUUAAUGAUAGAAGAAAGAUAAUAACACUGAGUAUGGCUCUGUUUCUUAUUUUUGUCAACGUCCUGUCCCACUCAGAACGAAUCCAAUUGAACUGAACCAGUGGCCAAAUGAAGGCGAUCCCUUUCCCCUGAAAUCAAAAAGAGAAAUGUAUUUUUCUGUGGCUUUUCCCUUAUUCGUGUUUGUUUUUUUGUUUUCCGUGUUCUGUUUUGAACUCUUCGCUGCUCGCUCUGUGGCUUCAACACACAGUGAAGCUCGGCCCGGUCGGCCGCUCUUGUCUCGCGUUAGACCAGCGGUUCCCGAACUUUUUACACCACAGAUUCACACCAGUAAAACCUCACAGCAGAGCCAUCUGUCUUACUUUACUCUGAACCUCUAGAAAAUCAAAUAACAGUGAUAUAUAUUACAGUACAUUAUAUCUAUUUUCCUUCUUCCUCCCCCCUCUGGAAACGUCCCCAUGUUCCCUGAGGGGGCCCAGCACCUCAGUUUGGGAACCACUGCUCUAGACCACACGGGGCCUGUUGCUGUUGUUGCUGUAACUCUGAAUUAAUAAAAAUGUACUAUGAUGUUUGAAGGCUGGGUUUCCAAUAAAGAUCUUAACUCCA